AUUUUAUCGGUAAGGCCACAUAAAACAGUGGUUCGAGAUUAGUUUCGAAAUUAUAAACACAUAAUUAAAAUAGCAGUAAUGGCUCCAACGCAGAAGGGCAAACAGGGCACGAAAGGUGCCAAGCAAAUCGUCGAAGAAAACAAGACCACAUUAGCAUUUUAUAGGAACAUGGCCAUUGGCUGUGCUGCACCUGCUCUCCUAUUGAGCUUUCUAGUCUUCGAAUUCAGCAAAGUCACAAUCAUCAUGUACAUCCUUUCAUUGGCGAUACUUGGCGGUGCCUACCAGUUCAUGGCGUUUAUGUCCCAAGCAAAGUUCUCGGAGACCGGGGCUCUACUAGACUCGGGCAACGAUCUGAACAUGGAAGGCGGCAUAGCGGAAAAUGUCAAGGACCUGAUUAUCCUUACUUCUGGAACAUUACUGAUGGCCCUCAUCUCGAACUACUUCUGGCUGGUGCUGCUUCUGGCGCCCAUGCGAGCCGGCUGGAUGCUCUGGGGCUCCUUCAUAAAGCCCUGGCUUGCCCAGCGAAAUGCCCAAGAGGAGCCAGAGUUGGACGAAAAGAAGCAGAAGAAGAUGGAGCGAAAAAUGCGCCGCAUGAGAUAAAAGGCAGCAUCAACUGUCGGCUAACUAUCAGUUGUGUUGGGGUCCUCUGGGGCUGGCUUAAAUAUGUUUAAAUGAGAUUUUACGCUUAGAUAAUUGACUAGGACUAGAUGGGUGUGUGGGCGUUUCCAAAUUAUCAAAAAUUAUUCAUUCAAAUUAUUCAGCAAAUUAAAUUCGAGACAAAAGACAAUCCCCGCAAUUUUCAGCUACGUGAAACAUUUUGUGCGAUUUAAUUUUUGGUGAAUUUUUCCGAUUGAACAAACAAUACAGUACAGUUCCAUAUAUAAUGCAUUCACGUCUCCACAAAAGGCCCACAGACUACUAUAAUUAAUUUGUUCUGCGAACGAUCGUCCUGUACUGGUGUGUGCAUUGUAAAUACAUAUACAUUACGAUAUUAUUUAUAAAUAAAUGUGUGCUUGAGUGCAGAAGGAACUAGUGCA